AUGCAGCCGCUCGUUUCUGCAAUGGCGACCUUUCGAAAGACAUUCCUAGCUGCCAUCAUCAAGAGCCUCCUGCGGGGCAAGUCACUGGUCCAGGCCAUCUUGGCAUACUGGAUCCGUCCCGUGAAGCUCGGCACUGAUGGAAAACCUCGUGUUGAUACCACAUCGCGACAAACUAUACAAGAGUUUCUCAAGGAGGCUGAGGCUCUGCUGCUUGGACCCGUCGACCGAGAUGGCCUACAACAACUAUCGCGAGACCUGCGGGAGCAACUCCUAGACCGACUCCAGACCGACAUGCAGUGCAUGCUCCCCUCAUACAGCCACCAACUGCCCAGAGGCACUGAAUGCGGUCGUUUUCUAGCUUUGGAUGUUGGCGGUUCAACCCUCAGAGUAGCACUGGUCGAAUUGCGCGGGCGCACAGCCGGCGUGGGAGAGGAGAGCAAGAUCGUCAGCAUCCAGAAUUAUUACAUAGGCCCUGAGAUCAAAGCACUGGAAGGCAUGGCCUUCUUCGAUUGGAUGGCCGAGAGGAUAUUGGAGACUCUCUCUGCAGAGUUGGAGGAGCAUCGUAGUCCUGACCAUCCUCUACCAAUGUCGAUGGCGUGGAGCUUUCCCAUUGAACAAACUUCGCUGGCUGGUGGAAAGCUGCAAGGCAUGGGUAAAGGCUUCUCGGCGAACAAGGGGCUCAUCGGCCAGGACCUCGGACAGGUCGUACGGACGGCGUGUCUAAACCAUGGGCUCAGUGUAGAGCUCCGAGCCAUCGUCAACGACUCGAGUGCCUGCCUGCUAUCUGAGUCGUACAACCACAACUCGACGAGAUUCGGGCUCAUCCUCGGAACUGGCGUCAACAUGGCAGCCUACCUCCCCGUCUCCGCCAUUGGACGUUCCAAGUUUGGUCAACGCCCUCCUGAGUGGUUCGAGAAGGCCACGCAUGUCAUCAUCAACAGCGAGAUUAGCAUGAUGGGGCGUGAUAUCCUGCCCUUGACGAGGUGGGACAGGCAGCUGCUUGAGAACCAUUCUCGGCCCGAGUUUCAACCCCUGGAGCACAUGGUCAGCGGCAUGUAUCUGGGCGAGAUUUGCAGACUCGCCCUUGUUGAGGCGAUCGAGUCCACUGGCGUCUUUGGGGCUGUGCUUCCGCCAUCACUACAGAAGCCGUACUCGCUGUCGACUGAGACUCUAUCCAUUAUUCAGAGGGACACAAGUGAUGAGCUUGAUGAAGCCUGUCAACAAUUUUCUCUCCGCCAUCCAUCACCACACACCCCCACAACCUCGGACAUGUCCUUCCUCAAACAACUGGCUUCGUUCAUCUCGACCCGCUCAAGCGCACUUGUGGCUACAGGCGUCUACACGUUCUGGAACCUGCGCAUCGAAAGCCAGAACAACUUUAUUUCGGCUCUGCCUCUGGAUUCGCCUCUUCGUGAAAGCGCCGAGGCAGAUCGCGACCUCAACGAAACGACUGUCGCCUAUAAUGGCGGCGUGAUUGAAAGUUACCCAGGAUAUCUCGCCAGCUGCCAGUCAUACCUGAAUGAUCUGGUAGCGGCUGAGGAGAAGGAGAAGAGCGGCAAGAAGACGAUCAAGCUCGUCUCGGCCAAGGAGAGCUCACUCAUGGGCGCCGCAGUGGCCUUGGCCUCUCUAGAAUGGGACGAAGAGGGGCCUCUGGGAGUGGUAGGAUAA